AUGGAGGCAUUCCUACAGCACUACUAUCCCAACAUCCGUCUGGAGGGAGAACACAAGGGAAGAGGGGACAAAUUCGGCCUCCGCGGCAUCGCCUCCGCCCUCGUGGUGCUGACUCACCUCGCUCGCGCGUGGGAUGGCGAGCUAUUCGGCGCGACGUCGCAGGAAGACGCGCCCCCGCGCCUCAUGCAGCUGCCGUACCUCCGGAUCCUGAUCCAGGGCCGCAUCGGCGUGACCAUCUUCGCCUUCGUGACGGGCUACGUGUGCGCGCUCAAGCCCAUCAGGCUCUGCCGCCAGGGAAACCAGGAGGCGGCCUUCGCGUCCGUGAGCAAGUCGGCCCUGCGGCGCAUCCCGCGCCUGGUGCUGCCCGCCGCCUGCGCCACGGCCGUGUCGUGGCUGCUCGCCGAGAUGGGCCUGUACGCCGUGGCUAAGCACCAGGACAGCUGGUGGAUCGACGUGCAGUCGCCCACAAGGAUCGCGUACCUCGGCGAGGCGCUGGGGAACCUGGUGUACUGUAUCAUCACGACGUGGACCAGGGCGGUGAACGAUUAUGACAACAACCAGUGGACGCUUCUGCCAUUGCUCAAAGGGAGUAUGUGGGUGUAUUCAUUCAUGGUGGCUACUGCGUACGUGAAGCCGAGGUAUCGGAUCAUGGCGAGCUUCGGGCUGUGGGUUUAUUUCUACUGUGCGAGCGACUCCGCCUUUGGGAUGCAAUUCUUCUGGGGCGCCUUCAUCGCCGACCUGCAAAACUAUCCGUCCACAACACAAUUCAUAUCCGACCGCCCCCGCCUCAGCAAGAUCCUCUCCGCCACCCUGGUCUUCAUCGGCCUCACCUUCGCCUCCUUCCCCGAGGGCCACGCCGAGUGGAUGACGUGGUCGCGGCUCAUGCUGGACUUCAUGCGGCCCGUGCUGCCCGACAACCCGGACUUCCCCCGCUUCGCAAGCGGCAUCGGGCUCGAGUUCAUCAGCCUAGGCGUACUUCUCAGCCCGGCGCUGCAGAGGCUCCUGAGCGGGAGGUACCUGCUAUUCCUAGGGCGGAUGAGCUUCGCCGUGUACCUACUACACGGCCCGCUCAUGAAGACGACGCUGGUGUGGAUGCUAUACGGCGUGCAGGUGCCGCCGGACCACGAGAACGACAAGGGCGAGAUGGAGAUGUCGCGCCUGGGGUUCCCGGGCAACCUGGCCCUCGUCAUGUGGCAGUUCGUCUGGCUGCCGAUGCUGUACGGGAUCGCGAACCUCUGGAUGACCUAUGUGGACCCCUGGUGCGAGAGGAUGACGAACAGGCUCGUUGAGUACGUGACGCUGGACGCGUCGGAGAAGCCGUCGGUGUUGCCGGCGAGGUGA